ACUAUAUUGGAGGUCUCAUCUGAAAUUAUAAGUUCUCAAAUUUGAUGUGAGGACGGAUAACAAUAAUUUUAAAGCCUAUCAGAAAUAAAAUGCAGAUAUUUUCUGUUCACAAUUAUUGCAAGUUGUUCUGUGAACCGAGCUAUUAUUAUUUUUUUCAUAAUAUACUAAGCCGGCCAUUAAAAAAAAAAAAAAAACAUGGAAAAACUCUUUAAUUGGCGAAAAUAAUUAGUUUAUUUACGAAGCAUUUUCAAAAAUUAUUGAAAAUUAUCAAUAAUUAUUAAUUAGGUUGCGAGUGCGCAUAUCCGUAAAAAAAAAAAAAAAAAAAAGGUAUAGCAGUUUUACCUUAUAGCUAUUCGUAAUUUUAGUUAAGGCAUCUGCUUGGUAAUAAGUAACUGCCCAAAUCUUUUUUUUUGCAUUCUAUUGAUAAUAGGCAAAUAUCAAAGAGAGGUUCAGGUAAGAUCUGGCAUUCAAUACAAAAAAAUCAUUCCUUUAUUUUAAUAAACUGACAUUUUUAAACCGUUUUUCACCGGUUUCUGGAACAAAUGGCUGUUUUUAGUCCUCUAAAUUGAAGGAGUCCAAAAAUUUCACCUGUUUAUGGAGUUGUGGACAUAACACGUUAGAACAUCUCCUAACGGUAUUGUGGUGAAUGAGUAUUUCAAUAAAUAAAAAAAUAAAUAAAAAUGCAACAUAAUUUGGCAAUUUACAUUAAAGCGGCAACGAAAAGUUAUGACAGCAAUAAAAUAUUGGAGAAUUUAUCAAUGUCUGUUGAAAGGGGCACAAUCUAUGGUCUUCUGGGUGCAAGUGGAUGUGGCAAAACAACCCUUUUAAAUUGUAUUAUAGGGAGAAAACCUUUGGAUAACGGUCAAGUUUGGGUAUUCGGUGAAAAAACAGGAACUAAAGACUGUGGAAUACCUGGACCAAGAGUGGGAUAUAUGCCACAAGAAAUCGCGUUGGUUCCAGAAUACACGGUAAAAGAAACGAUUUUUUUCUUUGGACGCAUUGCAAAUAUGGACGACAAAGAUAUCAGUGAUAGAUAUUAUCAGCUUUCGAGAUUGCUAGAACUUCCACCACAUAAUCAGUUUAUCAAAAAUUGUAGCGGCGGACAGCAAAGAAGAAUUUCAUUGGCGAGUGCUAUAGUACACGAACCAGAACUUUUAAUACUGGAUGAACCUACAGUUGGAGUGGAUUCACUUCUGAGAGAAAAAAUUUGGAGUUACUUAUUGGACUUGGUACAAGUGGGGAUAACAGUUGUACUGACCACUCAUUACGUUGAAGAAUGCAAAGGAGCACAUAAAGUUGGAUUUUUGAGAAACGGCUCUUUAUUGGCGGAACUUUCACCUCAAGCCGUUUUGACAGCAUUCAACUGUGAUACAUUGGAACAAGCUUUCUUGAUAAUUUGCAAAGAUAAAGAUGCAGGAAAGGAGUUUAAUGAGGAAAGUUUAUUGGAUCGACCAUCAAUGUCGAGUUCUAGUCGAUCGUUUGAUAUUUCAAAUUAUGAAUCUUCUGAGAAUAUAAAUAACCCUACAAAAAGACCAGGUAAAAAAGUCAGGACAUUUCUGAGUAUUAACGCCAAGAGACUUCAGGCUCAACUACACAAAAAUUGGAUACAAUUUAUCAGGAAUUACUUAGGUUUAUUUUUUUUUGGAAUUUUACCACUCGGCAUAACUUUAUUCUUCGUAUAUUGCAUAGGAGGUGACAUAAAACGUAUACCUAUAGGUACAGUGAACGCAGAAGUGCCAGGAGAUGGCUGCAAAUAUUAUAACAAAAAUAUGUCGGCCAUCAUUCCAGAUAAAGAUACUUAUAAGUGUACUUUUCAGAAUUUGAGCUGUAGAUUUUUGGAAUAUUUAGAUCAUCCGAUGGUUAAACAGAUUCGAUACGAAGACAAUGAAGAGGUUUUGCAAGACAUUGAACUUGGUAAACUUGUGGGGUACCUUUUCAUACCAGCUAAUUUUUCUGAGAGUUAUCAGAUAAAGGUUGAUGACAUUCUAGCUGUCAAUGAAACAAUCUUAGAAUUUAGUUCAAUCAAAGGUUUUAUGGAUAUGAGCAAUAAACCAGUUGGUGGUACCAUGAAAGAAAAAUUAAUAGAACUAUAUUUAGAUUUCCAAAAGGACUUGUAUAAGGAUUGCAUGUGGGAUGAAAGAACGGGACAGUCUCCUAUGAAAGAGGAAUAUUUAUUUGGCAAGAAAGACGAUUCCUUCUUGGUUUUUAUGAUUCCCGCAUUGAUACUUACGUUUGGAUAUAAUUUCAGUAUAAUGAUGACGUCACAAAUCAUUGUAUCUGAGAAAAGUGAAGGUACGUGGGAUAGAUUACUGGCCUCAGGAGUUUCAACCCUAGAAGUGACGCUUGGACAUUUGCUGCUACAAUUAACAAUGGCGUUGUCUCAUACAUUUAGCCCUAUAAUUGUUAUCGUUUACAUUUAUGGCUUAGAGCAUACAGGCUCUGUUUUUCAUAUGAGUAUUGUUAGUUACUUGACUAACAUUUGUGGACUUGUAACAGGUUUUUGGUUGUCGUUUGUUUGCAAAAAUCAUACACAAGCCCAUUAUUUAAACACAGCUAUAAUUUUUCCUGUAACGCUACUCACUGGUCUGAUGUGGCCAGUUGAAAGCUUUCCCCAUGUACUUCAAAUAAUAGCCAAAUGUCUCCCAAUGACUCUUCAAGCUAUAGCAUUGAGAAACAUUAUCAAGAAAGGUUGGUCCAUAUGGAGGUACGAAGUUGUUCUGGCAAAUUUGAUACCAUUAGCGUGGAUUUUGGUAAUGGUUGUAAUGAGUAUAGUGCAUAUUAAAAGAUUAAAAUAAAAUGCAAACUCUAUUUAUCGUUUAAUAUCUGCUUUCGGAUAGCCCAGUCGAGCGUGUUCCGAUUGCAGUUACAGAUAAGGGACUACAUUGCUGAUUGUUUCUGGAAGGAACCCAUUUAUCGAGGGAGUUAGAACAAGUGUUGUUGAAAGCUUCCUCUAUGUCGAUCAAGACUACUACCACAAUCCCCUUGUUGUCAAGGCAGUGACUGAUUUUUGAGGUCCAUGGACCAUUCUCUCAGGAGCAAGUCCUUAUUUACCUCUCUAGUAGGUGGACUGAUGAACACUCGCGAGUUGUCCCCCAGACUUUUCAGAAAAAAUGGUUUAUAGGUCUGAACGAUCUACGUUGGUGGUAUGUUCUGCGUGACGUUUAAACCUCCGACACCUAAUUGUGUCGAAUGAUAAAAGGGCCAGAAAUUAAAACGGUAGCGUGCCACUAGGGAUAUCGACUCUAAUCCCACUGAGCUGGAUUAUACGAUUAUUUGACUAGAAUUAGAGUGCCUUUUUCUAACUCUUGCGUUUGUUGCCAGUUUGCAGCUAGCCCGAGAGGAGUUAUUACAGAUUUGCAAAAAAAAAAUAGUUUGAUUUCGUAGUAAACAUACUUAAAGCAGUUUAUUUAAGAAGAAAAAUGAUAUACCUAGGCGCGGAAUGAAGAAAAUAACAAUAAAAAUAUUAACAGUGACUAAAUAAUGAAUGAUGUUGGGUUAAAAUCACAAAUGAAGAUAAAAGCAUGCGGUGGAUGCGCUGGGUAAAAACUUGGGUAAAAAUAACAAUAACAAUAACAAUUGAAGAUGAUCUAAUUAAUGUGUCUAUACACAAAUCGAAAUAAGGCGAACAAGAUGCGCUGGGGAAGAAUAACAAUAGCAACUGGACUGGAGGUGAUCUAAUUAAUGUGUUUACACAUAAGUGGAAAUAUAGCGAACAACGCUAAAAUAACAAGUGCAAGUUAUCAUCAUCAUGUCAGGCGAUCACUCGAUACGAGUAUCGUAUCUUCUUCUAUCAUAUUCUUAUUGUCGUUCUAUUCUCCCUUAUUUUCGUCGAUUCUACGUUUUUGGAUGGCUAUAUAAACCAAAGAUAUGAACCAAUUCUGGACCUGCACACACUUCCACAGUUUUGGCACACCCAGUUUUUUCCUCUGUUCUCUCGCUCCUUCCUGAGGUCACAUAUUCGCCUUUUGAACAUCUUUGAAGCGUUUUUGUUGACCUUCUUGAUUUCGUUUUUCCUCUUUCAGUUGAGUUUAGAGAAUCUGUCGUGGAAGGCGUGUUUUGGGCAUGCAGACGAGGUGAAAUGUCCAGCGGAGUUGGUGCUUUUAACGAUAAGGGCUUCCAUGCUAGUUGUUUUGUCCUAAUUGUCCUCCUCUAGAACACUGAUGAUCGUUCGUCGGUGUUGCCAUUUAUUCCAU